CCAGAGACUGAAGAACAGGGAACUGUAACUGGAAGCUCUGCUUGUUCAUGUGUGGCUGGCCUAAGCCUACUGAUUUUUAAAAACGUUUCUGUAGUGUCGACUUAAACAGGGAAAAAGAUGAAUAUUCAAAACUGUGCCCGGUGUGGAUUUGUUGUGUAUCCAGCUGAAAAAGUUAACCUCAUUGGUCAGAACUGGCACAAAGCAUGCUUUCACUGUGAAGUCUGUAAGAUGGUACUUACUGCAAAUAAUUUUAUAAGUCAUCAAAAGAGGCCAUAUUGUCAAGUACAUAAUCCACGAAACAACACCUUCACUAGUGUGUAUGAGACUCCUGUAAACAUAAACGCCAAGAAACAGGCACAGGCUGUCAGUGAGAUCAAAUAUCGAGAGGAGGGUGAACGGUUCAUGUCCACUUUUCACUAUGACAUGAGGUCAAAAGAAAUAGAGCAGGCUCGCAAGUCCAGCCAAAUGACCAAACAGGGGUUUACAGACCAGCAGGUAUGGUACUCGGGGAGCGUUACCAGUCAGGAGAUCGUUUGUACGUCCCAGGCCCAGAAGAUAAUCAGUGAUGUGGAGUACAAGCGUGGCCAUGAGGAGCGAGUCACACAGUUCACCUCUGUCUCUGACACACCUGGGAUCCAACAUGCUAAGACUGGAACCUCACUGGCAAGCGACGUGAAAUACACAGAGCUAUAUGAGCAAUCCAAAGGAAAAGGCAGCUUCCCUGCUAUGAUUACACCAGGGUAUGAAAUGGCCAAGAAGGCCAGUACCCUUGCUAGCAAUGUGGAGUAUAAGAAAGGGCAUGAAGAGAGGAUAUCAAAGUAUACCUCUGUAGUAGAUACCCCAGAGGUGCUCCUGGCUAAAAGUCAAGGAAAGCUGGCUAGUGAUGUUGUCUACAUGGAGGAAUAUGAACAACAGCGAGGGAAGGGCAGCUUCCCUGCUCAUUUUACUCCUGGGUACCAAGUGGCCAAAAAAGCAAAUGAGAUGGCAAGCAAGGUGAAGUAUCAACAGAAGUACGAGCAAGAGAUAAAGGGUAAAGCUAGUUCUGAGGCUGGAGUGGCUGAAUCAACUCUGGCUAAAGAGAAUGCAGAGAAGUUUAGCCAGCAUGCCUAUACUGAGGAAUACGAGAAGCAGAGGGGCAAAGGAAGCUUUCCUGCCAUGAUCACUCCCGGAUACCAGAUGGCCAAAAAAGCCAAUGACAUGGCCAGUGAUCUGAAAUAUAAGCAGGACCUGAAAAAAAUGAAGGGCUCCACGGCAUACCAUUGCCUGACCCCUGAUGACAACCUGGCUCUAAAGAACGCCUGCAAGAUCAACAAGCUUGUCAGUGAGGUUGAAUACAAAAAGGAUCUCGAGAACACAAAAGGACACAGCAUCAACUACUGUGAGACUCCACAGUUUAAAAAUGUGUCCAAGAUCUCUCAGUAUACCAGUGAUAACAAAUAUAAGGAGAAGUAUACUAAUCACAUGAAGGGUCACUAUGAAGGCACUGGACUUGACAAGAAAACCAUGCAUGCCAUGAAAGUCAGAAAGCUGGCCAGUGAUAUUGCUUAUAAGUCAGAGUGUGAACAGGAGCAGAAGGAAUACAACUACCCUGCUGAAAUCGCCCCAUCUUAUCAAACCACAAAGAAACUGGAGCCUCUCAAAGACAGAAAUUACAGACAGCAUAUUGAUAAGCUGAAAUACAGUCAGGUGACAGACACACCUGAUAUUAUUCAGGCACGGAUCAAUGCUCACCAGUUUAGUGAUUUAAACUACAAAGCUGACUAUGAGAAAACUAAGACUCAGUACACUUUAGCUCAAGAUACACCAGAGCUCAUAAAGGCCAAAGCUAAUGCAGAGCUCAUCAGUGAUAUCAAGUAUAAGGAAGACUGGGAGAAGAAUAAGUCAAAAGCAUGUGAUGUUGGUCUGGACACACCAACCUUUAAAGCUGCCAAAGCCUCUCGAGAUCUGGCCAGUGAUAUUAAAUAUAAGGAGUCAUUCACAAAGAACAAGGACAAGGCUGUUGGAGUAAACGUGAGUGAUUUAAAGACUCUCCACUGUCUUCAAGUGGCCAAGCUGAACAGUGAGAUUGCGUAUAAGAAGGCCUCAAAGGAGACUCAGACUAAAUGUAACCUGCCCUUGGAUAUAAUGAAUCUGAGCCAUGCAAAAAAAGCCCAAGCGUUGGCCAGCGAUCUUGACUACAGGACAAAACUCCAUGAGUACACCAUCCUGGCUGAUGACAUUAAAGUGCAACAGGCUAAGAAAGCCUACAACUUGCAGAGCGAUAACAAGUACCGUUCAGACCUGAUCUGGAUGAAGGGGGUGGGCUGGGAGGCUGAUGGCUGCCUGGAUGUUGCACAAGCCAAGAAAGCCGGUGAACUUGUGAGCGAUCAAAAAUACCGUCAAAAGGUGGACAGUGUGAAAUUUACCCAGGCGGCUGACACACUUUCUAUCAAACAUGCCAAGAAGAGCCAGGAGCUACAGAGUGAUCUGGCAUACAAGUCAGGCACAGAGCAGAUUAUCCAUCAGUACACUUCAAGCAAGGACGAGCCUCUCUACAGACAAGCCAAAGCAAAUGCAAACCUCCUUAGUGAUAAAAUCUAUAAAAGUAGUUGGGAGGCUCAAAGGGAGAGGGGCUUUGAGCUCAGCAUGGAUGCUUUAUCUAUCCUUACUGCUAAAGCUAAGCGAGAUCUUGCCAGUGAUGUGAAAUACAAACAACAAUAUGAGAUGACAAAAGGAAAGCUGAUUGGAGUAAAGGCGGUGACUGACGAUUCUCAGAUGGCCCAUUCAACACUGGUUACAAAGCUUCACAGUGAUCGCAACUAUAAGAAGCAGUAUGAAGACAGUAAAACCAAGUAUAGUACGUCACUUGACAUGAUGAACAUUACACAAGCUAAAAAGGCCCAAGAUCUGGCCACAGAGACCAAUUACCGAACCUUCCUGCACGAGUACACAAGCCUGCCCAGUGACAUGAACGUGGAGUGGGCCAAGAAAGCCUAUGGCCUACAAAGUGAUAAAAAGUACCGCUCUGAUCUGAACUGGAUGAAGGGUGUUGGUUGGGAGACGACCAGAUCUCUGGAUGUCAUGCAGGCCAGGAAAGCCAGUGACAUCAUUAGUGAGAAAAAGUAUCGCCAAAAUGUGAGCGCUCUGAAGUUCACCAGUGUUGAAGACACACCAGAGAUGGUGCAGGCCAAACUUAGCAAUAAGCUGUCACUAGAUAGGCUGUACCGAGAGAAAGGAGAGAGCGAAAAACACAACUACACACUGACAGGAGAUUUGCCUGAGCAUGUGCAGGCUAAGAUAAAUGCAAUGAACAUCAGUGAGACACAUUACAAGGAGUCAUGGACAAAGGUUAGAGAUGCAGGCUACAAGUUACGUUUGGAUGCUAUUCCCUUCCAGGCUGCAAAAUCCUCUGCUGACAUACUUAGUGAUCAAAAGUACAAAGAGCAGUUUGAAAAGUCAAAGGGUAAGAUGAUUGGACUAAAAGGUUUGAAGGAUGAUAUUAACAUUGCUCACUCAGUGUACGCCACCCAGCUACAAAGUGAUAUCAAAUAUAAAAAAGACUCUGCUAAGGUCCACUCUCAGUUCCACCUGCCAAUGGACAUGUUGGAUGUGGUUCAUGCCAAAAAGGCCCAGUCUCUGGUCAGUGACCAGGAUUACAGGAUUACCCUGCACAAGUACACUGCUUUGCCGGAUGACCUGAAGGUGCAGGCUGCCAAGAGAGCUUAUGAGCUGCAAAGCGAGAAAUCUUACCGCUCUGAUAUGAAUUACCUGCGUGGUGCUGCCUGGAUUGCCACUGGUGCCCUGCAGAUCGAAGGUUCUAAACGUGCCACUGAGCUGAUCAGUGAGAAGAAGUAUCGACAGCAACCAUAUGCUUUUAAGCACACAUCUGUAACAGAUUCUCCUGACAUUGUUCAUGCCAAGCUCAGCAGCAAGAUCACUAAUGAGCGUCUGUACAAAGAGAAAGGAGAGAACUUCAGACAUAACUACACCAUCGUAGCAGAACGACCUGAAAUCACCCAGGCCAAGAUUAAUGCUGCUAAUUUCAGUGAUACUAAAUACAGAGAAUCAUGGCGCACCCUGAGAGCUCAAGGUUAUAAACUGACCAUGCAGGACAUCCCCUUCCAGGCAGCCAAAGCAUCCACAGGCAUUGCCAGUGAUUACAAUUACAAGCACAACCAUGUGCUGGAGAAGGGCAAGCAUAUCGGAGCUCGAAGUAUUUCCGAAGAUUCUCACCUUCUACAUUGCUUGCAAACGGCACAUCUCCAGAGUGAUAAGAACUACCGCAAAGAUGCCAUGUCCACCAGUGGGCAGUAUCACCUGGGAAUGGAUCUGAUCAACCUGGUCCAUGCCAGGAAAGCCCAGGCACUGGCCAGUGACCAUGAUUACAAAACUCACCUCCACACCUACACUGUCCUGCCUGAUGAUAUGAAGGUGCAGUGGGCCAAAAAGGCCUAUGAGCUGCAGAGCCAGAAUGUGUACAAGUCUGAUAUGAACUAUAUGAAAGGAGUAGCUUGGGACUCUGUUGGAGCUCCUCAGUUUGAGUCUGCAAAGAAAGCUGGAGAGCUCAUCAGUGAUAAAAAGUAUCGUCAGCUUCCAGACAGGCUGAAGUUUACUCAAGUGGCGGAUUCACCUGAUAUCAUCCAUGCCAAGAACAGUUACAUGCAAUGUAGUGAGCGAUUGUAUAAGUCUGGAGAUUCUUCAUCCAUGCACAAGUACACCCUACCUCCAGAUCAUCCUGACUUCAUCAGAGCAAAGAUCAAUGCACAACAGAUCAGUGAUAAAGUGUAUAAGGCAUCAGGAGACCAGGUGAAGACAGCAGGCUAUGAUUUGAGACUAGAUGCCAUCCCCUUCCAGACGGCCAAGGCUUCUAGGGAAAUUGCCAGUGAUUUCCGGUAUAAGGAUGCUUUUGUAAAGCAGAAGGGCAAGCAGAUAGGUCUCCGCAGCGUGGAGGAUGACCCUAAGAUAAAGCAUUCGCUGGCUAUGGGUAAACUACAGAGCAACAACGAGUACAAGAAGCAGUUUCAGGAAACCCGCUCUCAGUUUAAGAUCCAUGCAGACCAGCCGGAGUUCCUGCAGGCCAGGAAAAGCCAGGCUCAGGCUAGCAACGUCAGCUAUCGCCAGCACCUCCAUGACUACACGUGCGACUCACAACAGCUUAAUUUCAAACAUGCUAAACAAGCCUACAAGCUGCAGAGUGAUGUAAACUAUAAGUCAGACUUGAACUGGAUUAAGGGCAUGGGUUGGACUCCUCCAGGCUCUCAUAAGGCAGAAAUGGCCCGAAGAGCAGCGGAGCUGGGCCUGGCAGAGGGUGUCGACACAGAUGAGGCCAUAGCCAAGUACCAAGAACUGAUGAUGCUUCAGCGCCAGAUGCAGGAUCAGCAGCACACCUCCACAGAGCAGGUGGAAACCUCAGAGCAGGUCGAAAACUCAGAAGUCAAUGCAGAUGCCAUGGAGAUUCUCCAAGUCAAAAGAAAGAAGACCAUUCACACUUCUUUCAAACAAGCAAAGACCACAAAGUCUGUAACUAUGCAGUCUGUAACAUCUAGCUCUUCUACAAAACAAGCCAUCACUGAUCAGUCCUCUGAGAAACAAGCUAUUACAAAUCAGUCAUCCUUACAUAAGCUACAGUAGAACAAAUAAUCGUAACAUAUUUUUACACUAUGCCAUUUGCUAUUCAGAACCUGGUGUUCCCUGCUGGUAUUUAAACAAUGAGUGGAUAAAUGGAGGUUUUAAAAUGAAAUGUAUGUGACUAGGAUUGAAAAAUAAUGAAGAACAUGUAGUGCAUAUAAUAAAAGUGUACAACUUUUAUUUAUUUAUGCAUUUGGGGAGAUUAUAAAUUGAAAGUACAAAUGAAAGUUUUAAAGAAAGAAUGAUGUACGUGAAAAAGAGAUGUCUUUCUUUUUAAUAUUAAUAAACAUAAAGAUUUAUUUAAGGAAAAUGCCAUAUACUAAAAAUAUAUAUUCCAUGGUAGCAUUAUUUUUGAACUUUUACAUUAUAAAUGAUAUUUGAAAGAUGUUUGAUAUUUCAGAGAUAUUUAUAUACUUUAUGUCUGGCAGGUCUAGCUUUUUAAGUAUGACGACUAUAAAAAUUCUAAGCUGAGGUAAAGGUAUGUGAUGGUAUAUAACUUACAGCCAUGUGAUCUACAGUUAAAGAUUCUGCACAAUGUUAUCUAUUCACUGAUUCACUUUGAGGUGCAUUGGUCAGUUAUUACUUGCAUGCAGGAAAUCUGUAGAUGAACUUUAUGUGGAUUGCAUCUUCUUAUUGAUCCAGUCAAUAAAGUGGGUAACACGGGCAUAAA